AUGGCGCGGGCCAAGCUGCAGCGCUCGCCCUCUGAGGGCAAGGCGGGCCCUGGGGGCGCCCUGGCAGGAGGCUCGGCCCCCGAGGAGCCGCACGGGCUCAGCCCGCUGCUGCCGGCCCGCGGCGGGGGCUCCAUGGGCAGCGACGUGGGCCAGAGGCUCCGCGUCGGGGAUUUCAGCCUCGACGCCUCCCCGUCCCAGGUCCAGGUGGAGUUCUACGUCAACGAGAACACCUUCAAGGAGCGGCUCAAGCUGUUCUUCAUCAAAAACCAAAGAUCCAGCCUGAGGAUCCGGCUGUUCAACUUCUCGCUGAAGCUGCUCAGCUGCCUGCUGUACAUCGUCCGCGUCCUGCUGGACGACCCCACCCAGGGCAUCGGCUGCUGGGGCUGCCCGAAGCAGAACUACACCUUCAACGAGUCGUCGUCGGAAAUCAGCUGGGCCCCCAUCUUGUGGGUGGAGAGGAAGAUGGCCCUUUGGGCCAUUCAGGUCAUCGUGGCCAUCAUCAGCUUCCUGGAGACCAUGCUCCUCAUCUACCUCAGCUACAAGGGCAACAUCUGGGAGCAGAUCUUCCGCGUGUCCUUCGUGCUGGAGAUGACCACCACGCUGCCCUUCAUCCUCACGAUAUUCUGGGCGCCGCUCCGGAACCUCUUCAUCCCGGUGUUCCUGAACUGCUGGCUGGCCAAGCACGCGCUGGAGAACAUGAUCAACGACUUCCACCGCGCCAUCCUGCGCACGCAGUCGGCCAUGUUCAACCAGGUGCUGCUGCUCUUCUGCACGCUGCUGUGCCUGGUCUUCACGGGGACCUGCGGCGUGCAGCACCUGGAGCGCGCGGGCGAGAACCUGUCCCUCCUGACGUCCUUCUACUUCUGCAUCGUCACCUUCUCCACCGUGGGCUACGGCGACGUGACGCCCAAGAUCUGGCCGUCGCAGCUGCUGGUGGUCGUCAUGAUCUGCGUGGCCCUCGUGGUGCUGCCCCUGCAGUUUGAGGAGCUCGUCUACCUGUGGAUGGAGCGGCAGAAGUCGGGGGGCAACUACAGCCGCCACCGCGCGCAGACGGAGAAGCACGUGGUCCUGUGCGUCAGCUCCCUCAAGAUCGACCUGCUCAUGGACUUCCUCAACGAGUUCUACGCCCACCCCCGGCUGCAGGACUACUACGUGGUCAUCCUGUGCCCCACCGAGAUGGACGUCCAGGUCCGCAGGGUCCUGCAGAUCCCCCUGUGGUCCCAGCGGGUCAUCUACCUCCAGGGCUCCGCCCUCAAGGACCAGGACCUCAUGCGGGCCAAGAUGGACAACGGGGAGGCCUGCUUUAUCCUCAGCAGCCGCAACGAGGUGGACCGCACGGCGGCGGACCACCAGACCAUUCUGCGGGCCUGGGCCGUGAAGGACUUUGCCCCCAACUGCCCGCUGUACGUGCAGAUCCUCAAGCCGGAGAACAAGUUUCACGUCAAGUUUGCGGGUGCCCUCCCUCCCACGUCCCUCCCGCCGUGGUGCGAGGAGGAGUGCAAGUUCGCCAUGCUGGCCCUCAACUGCAUCUGCCCCGCCACGUCCACGCUCGUCACGCUGCUGGUGCACACGUCCCGCGGCCAGGAGGGCCAGGAGUCGCCGGAGCAGUGGCAGCGCAUGUACGGGCGCUGCUCGGGGAACGAGGUGUACCACGUGCGCAUGGGCGACAGCAAGUUCUUCCGCGAGUACCAGGGCAAGAGCUUCACCUACGCCGCCUUCCACGCGCACAAGAAGUACGGCGUGUGCCUCAUCGGGCUGAAGCGGGAGGAGAACAAGAGCAUCCUGCUCAACCCCGGGCCGCGGCACACGCUGGGCGCCUCGGACACCUGCUUCUACAUCAACAUCACCAAGGAGGAGAACUCGGCCUUCAUCUUCAAGCAGGAGGAGCAGCAGCAGCAGAAGGGCCGCCAGCGGCGCCAGGGCUCGGCGCGCCUGCCGGUGCACAGCGCCAUCGCCUCCGUGGGGACGGUGGCCAUGGACCUGCAGAACGCCGAGUGCCGGCCGGCCCCGGGCGGCGGGGACGGCCCGGGCGGCAAGCUGGCGCUGCCCACGGAGAACGGCUCGGGCAGCCGGCGGCCCAGCAUCGCGCCCGUCCUGGAGCUGGCCGACAGCUCGGCCCUGCUGCCCUGCGACCUGCUGAGCGACCCCUCCGAGGACGAGAUGACGGCCUCGGAGGACGAGGGGCUGUCGGCGGUGGAGUACGUGAAGGGCUACCCCCCCAACUCGCCGUACAUCGGCAGCUCCCCCACCCUGUGCCACCUGCUGCCCGUGAAAGCCCCGUUCUGCUGCCUGCGGCUGGACAAGGGCUGCAAGCACAACAGCUAUGAGGACGCCAAGGCCUACGGCUUCAAGAACAAGCUGAUCAUCGUGUCGGCCGAGACGGCGGGCAACGGGCUGUACAACUUCAUCGUGCCGCUGCGCGCCUACUACCGCCCGCGCAGGGAGCUCAACCCCAUCGUGCUGCUGCUGGACAACAAGCCCGACCACCACUUCCUGGAGGCCAUCUGCUGCUUCCCCAUGGUGUACUACAUGGAGGGCUCUGUGGACAACCUGGACAGCCUGCUGCAGUGCGGCAUCAUCUACGCCGACAACCUGGUGGUGGUGGACAAGGAGAGCACCAUGAGCGCCGAGGAAGACUACAUGGCGGACGCCAAGACCAUCGUCAACGUGCAGACCAUGUUCCGGCUCUUCCCCAGCCUCAGCAUCACCACGGAGCUCACCCACCCGUCCAACAUGCGCUUCAUGCAGUUCCGGGCCAAGGACAGCUACUCGCUCGCCCUCUCCAAACUGGAAAAGCGGGAGCGGGAGAACGGCUCCAACCUGGCCUUCAUGUUCCGCCUGCCCUUCGCCGCCGGCCGCGUCUUCAGCAUCAGCAUGCUGGACACGCUGCUCUACCAGUCCUUCGUGAAGGACUACAUGAUCUCCAUCACGCGGCUGCUGCUGGGCCUGGACACCACCCCGGGCUCGGGAUACCUCUGCGCGAUGAAGGUCACCGAGGCCGACCUGUGGAUCCGCACCUACGGCCGCCUGUUCCAGAAGCUCUGCUCCUCCAGCGCCGAGAUCCCCAUCGGCAUCUACCGGACCGAGAGCCACGUCUUCUCCGGCGCGGAGCCGCAGGUCGCGGUGCGCGUGGAGGACGGCGAGGACGCGCAGGAAGCCAAGGGCCCCUGGGGCGCGCGGGCGGGGGCCGGCGGCGGCGCCCAGGGACGCCAGGCGGCCGGCGACCCGGCCGAGCACCCGCUGCUGCGGCGCAAGAGCCUGCAGUGGGCGCGGCGGCUGAGCCGCAAGGGCCCCAAGCCCGCGGGCCGCGCGGCCGCCGAGUGGAGCCAGCAGCGGCUCAGCCUGUGCCGGCGCUCGGAGCGGCAGGAGCUGUCCGAGCUGGUCAAGAACCGCAUGAAGCACCUGGGGCUGCCCACCACGGGCUACGAGGAUGUAGCAAAUUUAACAGCCAGUGAUGUCAUGAAUCGGGUAAACCUGGGAUAUUUGCAAGACGAGAUGAACGACCACCAGAACACGCUGUCCUACGUGCUCAUCAACCCCCCGCCCGACACGCGGCUGGAGCCCAACGACAUCGUGUACCUCAUCCGCUCGGACCCCCUGGCCCACGUGGCCAGCAGCUCGCAGAGCCGGAGGAGCAGCUGCGGCCCCGCGCUGGGCUGCGCCCCCCAGACGCGCGACGAGACGCAGCUCUGA